UCUUCUCUCUGUGAAUCUCAGGCCCUGUGCCCACUCCCCGCCCAGCUUGUUUUUUUUGCCUCUGUCCCAUCGACAUUCAUCUUCCUGCUCUUCCUCCAUCUCCCUCAAGCCCCUCUCCCUCUGACACUUCUUCCUCUGGCCUGUGUUUCUCUUACUGUUUCUCUGCCUCUGUCCCUCCCUCUCUCAGCACCUCCCAGCACUUUUCCCUGAACCUUCACUACCACCCCAUCCACCCUGCCCUGGGGUCCCUCUCCCUGGGUUCCUCCUAGAUUAUAACACAUUCACCCACUGGGCAGGCGGGUUCUCAUUAACAAUUGUGGCUGCUUCUCUGGCCAGAGAGGUGGAGGGAGGAGAUGGGACCAGGGAUCCUGGAAUGGGAACUAGGCAAUUAAAAAAAAAAGUCAAGAGAUGGGCGGGGGGGGGGCAGGGCCAGCUACUCAGACCAGGGAUAAAAGGCCUCCGUGAGUGACAAAGAAGGAGGACACGAUCCCCACUUCCUCCAGGCAGGAGACAGCAAGGCAGGACCCAAGCCCUUCUCAGCCACCAAGGAGCCCCCAGACCCUGCCCUCCAGAAUCCAACCCCAACCCCCAGAAUGUUCCUCCUGCUGACAGCACUUCAGAUCUUGGCUGUAGCCCUGGCACAGAGCCAAGGGAACGAGAACAAGAUAAUUGGUGGCUACACCUGCACCCGGAACUCCCAGCCGUGGCAGGCGGCCCUGCUGACAGGCCCCUCGCGUCGCUUCCUCUGUGGAGGGGUCCUGCUGUCCGACCAGUGGGCCAUCACUGCUGCUCACUGCGCCCGCCCGACACUUCGAGUAGCCCUGGGCAAGCACAACCUGAGGGGCUGGGAGGCCACACAGCAGGUGCUGCGCGUGGUUCACCAGGUGCGCCACCCCCAGUACAACUCCCGGACCAACGAGAACGACCUGAUGCUGCUGCGGCUGGAGCGGCCCGCGCGGCUGGGGAGGGCGGUGCGGCCGAUCGCCACCGCCAGCUCCUGUGCCAGCCCGGAGACUCCCUGCCUUGUGUCGGGCUGGGGCACCAUUUCCAGUCCUACCAAGGUGUCAGCAGGCCUACCCUGGAGCCAUCACUGCUGGCAUGGUCUGUGCAGGGGUCCCCCAAGGAGGGAAGGACUCUUGUCAGGUGAGGCCCAGGGAGACAGCCUGAGGAAGGGGGUUGUUUGGGGCUGGAACUUACAAAGGACCUCAAGAGCAUGAAGACCAGUGGUGCUCCCCCCGCCUCCAACCCAGAGACCAAGAAGGGUUGUGAUAACCAGGCUGCCUCCUAGCUGCUUGCCCUGAGUAAUGGACCUAACCUUCCGGGCCUCAGUUUCCUCACCUGCCCCACAGGCAUAGCAUGGCUUAGUUGGUGGAAUUAGAUGGACUGGUCCACGGAAGGAGUACAGAGCUCUGAUCACUGCUGUCACUGCCAUCAUUACAUAUGGGCACCUAGACAGCUGUGCUCAGGGCCUCUAGGGAGCGUCACCUGUCCUGAGAGAUGACUCCAGAGACAAGAGAUCUGGAGGCACACAGGUUUCUGGAGAUGGAGCUAAGUGGAACAGGGGCCCAAGAGACCCAAGGGACCGAGACAGAGUGGGAACUAGUGAAGAGGGAAGGAAGAGACCCACAACGCCCAGGGGCUGAGAUGUCCAGUCUCAGCCCACCCCCGCCCUAUCUUUGCCUCUCGGGCUCUCCACACCCACAGCUCUGGCCAUCUGUUGGUGGGUGUCUCCAUCUCUGCCUCUCCCCACUCAGGGUGACUCCGGGGGACCCCUGGUGUGCAGAGGUCAGCUCCAGGGCCUCGUGUCCUGGGGGAUGGAGCACUGUGCCCAGCCUGGCUUCCCCGGCGUCUACACCAACCUGUGCAAGUACCACACCUGGAUCCAGGAAACCAUGCGA